UCUCGGCUGGCAUCUGUUGCGUUCGCGCGAUUCCACUCUCAUUUGAUUAUGGCCGGGUGUUAUUCAGGCCAGAUUUGCAUGUGGGAUAAUCGGGUCGCAAACAAGAAGACUCCUAUUCAUAAGAGUCCUCUUUCAACCUCUGCUCAUACACAUCCUGUGUACGCUUUAGAAGUGAUCGGAAGUCAUAAUGCGCAUAAUUUAGUUUCCAUAAGCACCGAUGGGAAAAUGUGCAGCUGGAAUGUCGACAACCUCACGCAGCCGGUUGACGGAAAGGAGCUGUUGUCACGACAAGGAAAGCAGAUUCCAUGCCUGUGCAUGUCCUUCCCAGUGGCAGAUAUGAACAAUUUUGUCGUAGGAAGCGAAGAUGGUCAUGCUUACGCGUUGAGCCGUCAUGGGACAGGCCAACCGAAUGCGCAGGAGCACACCUUCUUUGAUGGGCACAGCGCACCGGUUUGCGGGAUAGCCUUUCACCGUGCUACUGGUCCGGUUGAUUUGUCUCACCUUUUCUUGACUUCUAGUUCAGACUGGACUGUGAAGCUAUGGAGUACAAAGGUUCUUGGUGCACGAGCUUUACAUUCGCUAUAC